AGCAAAUCGAAAACGCCAUUAGUUUAUGUCACAUACACUAGAGACUUUUAGCACUGGUGGUGAAUAUUAGAACGCAGCCAUUAGAGGAAAAAAAAUGGCACAUAUAUCGAUUACAAAGGUACAUAUAUCGUCACAUCAAUAAACUCUCUUCGUUCUACGUAAUGAUUCCAUUUUGGCUACUCUGAGCCUCAAUCGACAUGAGUUUAUACGAGGAUUUGGCAAAUUCAACAAGGCUAUCGUAUUUGUCGAUAGUAAAAAUUUUCCUGGAUUUUCGAACACAUAACCUAUUGUCGGAUCGCUUUUGAAUUGUGUCAUCAUCCUGAGUUGUUUGUUGACUCAUCGUACACACUCGUAGCACAUUCCAAAGAGAUUUCAUCUCACUAUAAUACGAAGCGAUUAGCGAAAGAAAGUCACAAUGAUCGCGUAUCUAUUAUUCUUCUUCGGUGUUUACUUCACGUGUGCCCAGAAGUAUGAAGGUUGUUUCCGCAGCUCUGUAUCGGACCCCGAUUUACCUUCUCCGAUAUUUGGAUAUCCGAGUGCACCCUUCGACUGUGUCCGAAAAUGUCGUUCUUUGUAUUACAUGUUUGCAGGAUUAAUGAAUGGGCAACAGUGCUACUGCAUCAGCAAAUUCGGCAGAAACGGUCCAUCAAACAGCUGCAAAACUUCAUGCGUCACUGACCCUACUAAUUACUGCGGCAGUUCCGAAGCGAUGAGUGUCUAUUCUACUGGUCAGCAAGGGCCAAGUCCACCGAGGAGGAUACACGUCACUCGCGAUGGUAUAGAGGCUCUUGCAGUAACGUGGGAGCCACCUGAUAUUCCCAAUGGCAAUGUUACUUUCUAUACUCUUCGUGCUGUCGCCGUCGAGACACACGCGAGUAACAUCUUACCGCCUGUCGAAAGUCAGGUUCAAGGAGGAGCAUCGAACAAUACAAUUCUAAGAGGUCUCCAACCUGGCACCAAAUACAACAUAUCGGUUACCGCCAGCAAUGUACAGGGACUCAGUGAUGCGACAUACACCGUGGCUUGGACUGCGAUAGGUCCACCUGACAAACCAGCCGUGCCUGAAAUUAUAGAACACGGUAGUAGCACCAUUACGAUCGUGCUCACUGAGGGUCACAGUGAGUACGGGCCGAUUAGCGCGUAUCAAGUGGUGGUUGUUCAAGCUGGCGCUAUAUCGCCUGUCGGCUCCGACGUCGAGUAUUUAAGCUACAAUAACGCAUUGCAGCAGGGUCAAAAUUAUUACGUUACCGCACAGUUCGAUCCAUCGGACUUUCACAUGUACAAGAGAUUCACCGUAGGCGACGGAAAACUCAUCGGAGGCUAUUACAACGCUCCGUUAAAGGACGUCGUCUCCGCGCAAAUCGGACUGUCCGUGAUUUCGCGAGUGCGAGCGGAAAUACAGCGUUCUUAUUCCGAUUUAACCGGUAACGCGUUCACCGGGAAAAAUACGCGGCACGUGGACGCUCAAAUGGACUCGACCGCUCUCGUCCUUUGCAUAGCGAUCACACUCGUGACUAUAUUGCUCGCCGCCUCGAUACUACUGUAUUUCGUAUUACGACGCCGGCACGAGAGAUUCCACAUGCGGAAGUCGCCGGAACAGCAGGAACUCACGUUGCAGGGACCAGUGCACGAGGUGGAUAACAUGGGUUAUAUACCAGACGAUAUUCCCGAAAGAGUGAAUCACUAUCAGGAACUGAAGAAGAAAGUGUGGAAUAUACCGCGAAACGCUCUGUCCAUCGAUAAUCUGUCCACCGUACGUAGAGGACGAUUCGGUACCGUUCACACGGGGACCAUCUUCGGGAAAGACGACAUAUCUCGCCCGGUAACUGUCCACACCAUAGCCGAUGGCGCGUUAAGAGGAUCCGAGAAGAGGCAUAUGUUGCGAGAACUGGACGUAUGUAUCCGAGCGGGUACCAUGAAGUAUCUCGCUGGCCUUGUAGGAACCUGCGAAACUUCCGACACACUCUACGUCGUACACGAAUUACCGCCGCGUAUCUUGAAAAAUUGCUUGUUGGACGCGCGAUCCAGCACGGAUUCAUUCCCGGUGGAUCGAAUAUUAACCAUCUCGUCCUCGAUUGCAACCGCUUUACAAUAUCUGGCGAGUCACAAAGUCAUACACACUCACCUGUGCGCGCGAAGCGUGGGUCUAUCCAACGAUUGGACACCCAAACUCAUGGGUCAUGGUAUCGCCAAGUAUAGUUUAGAAGACAUCAAGUACGCCAGAUGGACGGCGAUCGAGUGUUUCGACAACCGGAAGAAACACCAGUCGGGCGUGAUCUGGGCAUUCGGAGUACUUUUAUGGGAGAUGUUCAGUAUGGGCGGUACACCGUAUUCAAAUUUCACGCUCGACAGCGAAGUAGAGGACGCAAUUACGCGAGGUAUUCGAUUAUCGCAAUUGUCGGAUAUCCCGGAUCCAAUCUACGAAGUCAUGUCAUCCUGCUGGCGGAAUGAUCCUGAAGAGCGACCAACGUUUGAUGAACUCACGCGAUUGGAUACUUUGAGUAUUUGUCCCAUCACUGCAAUCACAGAACCGUAUGUACCGGAAUUGGAGUUGAAUUAGCAUUCUUAACGUAUCUUUACGUAUAUUUUAAGUACAUUCGCAUUCGAUGACGCGAGGCCUCGAUUUCCAAAAUAAUGUAAAUAUCGUACAAUGUUCGCUCAUAGACUUAACGAAUAAUAUGCAUUUAUCGUUACCAAUGUACACAUAUUUUUAGUAACAUAUCUACGUAUUGACAACUUUAGUUUUCAUUAGAGCGUAAGUUAAUGUAAAAUAACACUAUAAAAGUGUCGACGCGGUUUCCGUCCAUUCUUAGCAAGUAGCUGAAGCGAAGGAGAUUAACGUAGUCAAGUGAAAAAGUUAAGGAAAAGUCAUAAAACGCGCGCGCUUGAUAAAAUAAGCCUUUUUAUUUUUGAUAUUUUUAUAUCGCAUUUUUUCCUCCUUUCUUUAAUUGACUCAGGCUGACCUGAUUUUAUCGAUUUACCGAUUAAGAAAAAGAGACGAAUUUCUCCCCAAUCAAUUAUAUGCCGAUAUAUUUUUACCUGAGAAAUGUGUAUUUAAAGAAAUUUAUUUAUAUUUCAAAUUUAUUUGUAAAUUAGUGUGAGAGUAUCCAAAGUAUAUCAUCGUGGCAGGACUUCCACUUUUUUCAACAUUAUACUUGGACACAUAUGUAUCAUAACUGUCGAGUGAUACUCACACACACAUUUCAAGUACAAAUAUAUUAUCAAUAUUCAUAUAUGUAAUUGUGUAUAUAACUUUGCGUGAACAGCGGAAAUUGAUUAUAAUUAUGUUGUGAAGAUGUGAUUAUUUCAAGUACUUAACGUGAUCUAAUGAAUCUCUUAUUCGCGCGCAUGAUUCGUGUCGCGCGCAAAUCAUUCAAGCUAUUAUGCUAACAUUUUAUAUAUCUGCCUAAUUAUUUUUUACUGAAAAUACGUCCUUUUCCUUUGGUAGAAAGUUACAUGUAUACUUUGUACGUUAUACAAAAGUGUCGUUGUAUUGUAACAAAAAUCGAAAAAAUCUCUGAGCAGAAAAUACAUUUUUAUACGCACUCUUCUAC